AUGCAGAGAGGUGUAUCCUGGAUCAGGCGAGUAUCCAGCAUCCUGAGACACGACUUUCAGGGUACAACAUCGAAGCCGCUGCAAUUGCCUGAACUGCGGAAUUUCAAGUGGACCAUUAUUCGGUUCCUGCAACAGGAGGCCUAUGGUGAGGAGAUGAGCCUCCUGCAGCACCGACAACUGCCACUACAAAGUCGACUGUACCGACUAGGGCCAUACCUAGGCCAAGACGGGCUGCUCAGAGUAGGAAGAAGGUUACGAGAUGCCAAAGAAAGAAUUGGAUCAAUACUACUGCCCAGAGACCACCCAGUAACCAAACUUAUAGUGCGGGAAGCACACGCGGUGGGCGCUGGCCAUUCCGGGAGAAAAAAUACACUUUCCAUACUCUGGUGUGAGUUCUGGAUCGCCCAUUGCCACCCUCUGCUCGAUAAGAUAAUAAAGGAGUUUGUCACUUGCCGCCGUAACAAUUGGAAGCCCACUAGGCAAAGGGAGGCCAUGCUGCCCGAAGACCGGACCAAGCCCGGGGAGCGUCCCUUCACUUACACGGGCACUGAUUGCUUUGGCCCAUUCACAGUAAGACAAGGACGAAAGAGUACCAAGAGAUAUGACUGCAUAUUCACCUGUCUAGCUACUCGUGCAGUGCACCUGGAGGUGUUGGAGUCUCUAGAUACAGAUGCACUCCUAAACGCUACUGUCCGCUUCAUCGCCAGAAAGGGUACGACUCCGAAACGUAUUCGUUCAGAAGAUGGCACCAACAUGGUCGGGGCUUGCAAGGAACUCCGUGCGGCAGUGCGUAGUUGGAGGAAUAAUGAACGCAUAAACAGACACUUUCAGACGUGGGAGGAGUCUGGGAACGGCAAAUCCGAACAGUCGGAAAGGUUCUCAGAGCAAUUGUGGGGACCCAAGUCCUGUAUGAAUAUCGACUGCAGACGCUAUUUUGUGAAGUGGAAGCAAUCAUAA